AUGACAAAUAAUACAGAUCGAGACCCUGAUUUUUCACUUAGAUGUAAAGAAUGUUAUGAAAUAGUGGAAAAUUAUUUAAAUGAUAACUUACCGACACCCAAAAAACCAGGUUUUAAAACUACAACAGCUCUAAAAAAUGAAGUUAAAAGUAAGAUCAAACUCACGGUAUCAAUAUUGGAAAAAUCAAUAGAUUUACAUGGAUUAAAUGAGAUUGCAAUAAGUUAUAAUGGUGGUAAAGAUUGUUUAGUCAUGUUGAUACUUUUAUUAUCCACAAUAUAUAAAAAACAUAAAGAGAUGUCAUUUAAUUUACCAAAACAUUAUGAAUUAGACUCAAUUUAUAUCAAUUCAGAGACCCCCUUCCCCAAAUUAAUCGACUUCAUACAUUCUUCAACUAAAUACUACCAUCUCAACCAAAUUAUAAUCAAAGACACUCUAAAAAAUGGUUUCAAAUACUAUCUUGAACAAGUAAAUACAAAUGUUAAAUCAGUUAUAGUCGGUAUUCGAUACUCAGAUCCUUAUGGAAGUGAAUUAAAGUAUGAACAAAUGACAGAUCAUAAUUGGCCUAAAUUUCUCCGUAUCCAUCCAAUUCUUCAUUGGCAUUAUGUUGAUAUAUGGCAGUUUUUAAUUAGCACGGGAAUUGAAUAUUGUGAAAUGUAUGAUUUGGGAUAUACUAGUCUUGGAGGUAUUAAUAGAACAAAACCUAAUCCUGAUUUAAAAUUAGAGAAUGGUGAUUAUUUACCGGCUUAUAUGUUGAAAGAUCAUGCUGAUGAGAAAGAGAGAUUAGGUAGAGAAUUAAAAGAAAGCACUCCAAUUCCAAUAGAUAAUAAAAUAGACAAUUAA